GCUCUAGAUAUCUGUGGAUCCUCAAGAUGUCCGUCUUAUUCUUGGCCCUGGGCAUUGUAUUAUUUAUGUUCAGAAGUGUGUCCCUGUAUUCAGAAUUCAGCAUCUACAAAGCACCACUCCUUCAGCCUAGUGUGGCUGCCGGAAUGCUGAAGCUUCUCCCUGAGAAACACAUCAAGAGCCUCUUUACCCACGAUGGAAUCUGGCUCUUCCCGAAAAACCAGUGCAAAUGUGAAGCCUGGAAACUUCAGCAAAGCUACUACUUUGAAAAUGCUUAUGGCCAAACUGAACUCCCUGCGGUGAAAAUGAGGAGACAAGCUGAAUUUGAACACUUUCAGAGAAGAGAAGGGCUGCCUCGCCCACCGCCCCUGCUGGCUCAGGCCAACCUCCCCUUUGGGUACCCCAUCCACGGGGUGGAAGUGAUGCCCCUGAACACAAUUCCCAUCCCAGGUGUCCAGUUUGAAGGACCAGACGCUCCCAUCUAUAAGGUCACCCUGAAAGCUUCUCUGGGGACACUGAACACCCUCGCUGACACCCCAGACACUGUGGUGCAGGGCAGAGGCCAGAAGGAGCUGACCAUUUUGACCAGUAGCCGGACGGUUUUGAAUUUCAUCCUCCAGCACGUGACAUACACCAGCACAGAGUACCAGCACCCCAGGGUGGAUGUGGUGAGUCUGGAGUCCAACUCCUCAGUGGCCAAGUUUCCAGUGACCAUCCGCUUUCCUGUUAUGCCUAAGUUAUAUGACCCUGGACCAGAGAGGAAGCUCAGAAACCUGGUGUCCAUUGCCACCAAAACUUUCCUCCGUCCCCACAAGCUCAAGACCAUGCUCCGGAGCAUUCGUGAGUAUUACCCAGACUUGACUGUGAUCGUGGCUGAUGACAGCAAGGAGCCCCUGGAAAUUAAUGACAGCCAUGUGGAGUAUUACACCAUGCCCUACGGCAAGGGUUGGUUUGCCGGUAGGAACCUGGCCAUAUCUCAGGUCACCACCAAAUACGUUCUCUGGGUGGACGAUGACUUUCUCUUCAAUGAGAAGACCAAGAUUGAGGUGCUGGUGGAUGUCCUAGAGAAGACCGAACUGGAUGUGGUAGGUGGCAGUGUGCUUGGAAAUACGUUCCAGUUUAAGCUGUUCCUGGAGCACACUAAGAAUGGGGACUGUCUCCAUCGGCGGACAGGAUCUUUCGGGCCCCUGGAUGGCUUCCCCAACUGCGUGGUGACCAGCGGUGUCGUUAACUUCUUCCUGGCCCACACAGAGCGGCUCCAAAGAGUUGGCUUUGACCCCCGCCUGCAGCGAGUGGCUCACUCAGAGUUCUUUAUUGAUGGGCUCGGGAGUCUGCUCGUGGGGUCCUGCUCAGAUGUGAUUAUAGGUCACCAGCCCCAUUCUUCAGUGGCGGACCCAGAGCUGGCAGCCCUGGAGAAGACCUACGGCAGAUACCGGGCCAACACCAAUGAUAAGGUCCAGUUCAAGCUAGCUCUCCACUACUUCAAGAACCAUCUCCAAUGUACCACAUAA